AAAGGUGUACACGUAGAAGAAUACACGGGUGCGACGAAAACAAAAGCCGAUAAACAUUCUCUCAAGUUUCAUCACUACAAAUCCUAUCAAAGAAAUGGCAUUGAAUCCUAAAUUAUUUCCUCAUGGGAUGCCAAUGCCAUUCCUUAACGAAUUGUUUGUCUUCGCCAGCGAUGUCGUUGACUUUGAGAUCGAUAACAUUCCUCGUUUAGGACAAGUACAAGCAAAAGGAACCAUCUACUUGUCCAAUAUCCGGAUGGUCUUUGUUGCAAACAACCCUAGAGAUAACUUCAUUGCUUUUGAUAUUCCCUUGCUAUUUGUUCACGGUGAAAAAUUUAACCAACCAAUAUUCUUCUGCAAAAACAUUUCUGGAUAUGUAAAUCCGGUUGUACAAGCGGCUAAUGGAAACACGACCCUUCCUCAUUCGUUUAAGAUUUUGUUCAAUGAAGGUGGUUAUGAGACUUUCAUCCCAUUAGUUUUUAAAUUAAUUGGAAAAGUGAGACGACGCUAUCGACGUUCAAGGGCAAAGCCUCGUGUAGAUCCUCAUGAAACAGCACAAACACCAGUUGAUGAGAUGACUAGACAUGCUUAUGUCGACCCGAACGAUCCUACAUUUAUCUACUUGCAGCAGCCUAAGCCAGAGUCUAAAUUCAGGCAUUGUUCAUACCAGUCACAGUCUGCUGAAACGUCUAUAUAGCUUUUGCUGCAGGUUAACUGGAUAAAUGCCAAAUUUUGUGCAAGAUGCGUCUUUUCGUUGAUGCCUUCGGAUCUCUCCAUAAAGAGAAGCAUAGUGAGUUAUUUUUGUAUAUAUAUGUUAGUUAUACUCCCUCAAGUUCUUAAUGAAUAUAUACAUACAUAUAUGCUGGAUUGUUUGGCAGCUAUUUAAACCCUGUUGUUUUGGUUUGCUUCUUGCGCGAGAGAGAGAUAGAGAUUGACUAGAGCAUGUGUGAUGUAUAUAAAUCUUUUAAAUUGUGAAGAUAUGAAAAUAAUUCAGAUAUCAUUGAGUUGACA